UUGGGGAGAACCAGGACUGGGCUGAGACAGCUGAGGAAAAACCAGAACCAAAAGUGGACUGAGACAGCUUGGGGAGAACCAGGACUGGGCUGAGACAGUUCUAGACAUAGGUCAGUGAGGUUCAGUACCAGUUAGGGGUGCUAUCUGCUGCUAGUCCAGUUUAGAGGUUACAUUGUGUUGGGGGAGGGCAAACUGGGGGAGACACAUCAUGGCGCUAUCACAAUAAUCUUCCCGGGGGAGACUGCCUUUCCGGCCACCUGCAGCCCCACUCCCCAGGAAGGGAGCCCUCUGUGACUCGGGGAGGAAGACCCCUCACCGCCAAGGGGAUCUGUCAGCAACAAACUCACAUCUCUUCCUGGUUUUUGGUCACCCCCUGGAAACUUACAGACUGGUCCCUGGAGGAGCCGAACCCCCUCAACAAGCAGGGGACACAUUUGAAGACAAGGAAGAUCGCUGUGUAAGGAGGUGACAUGCUUUCUGCUACCCCACUGUAUGGGAAUGUGCACAGCUGGAUGAACAAUGAGAGGGUUCGCAUGUGUGGCAUCAGUGAAGACAGGAAAAUUCUAAUUAAUGAUGGCGACCUUCAGAAAGCGAGACUGGAGUUGAGAGAAGAUCACCUUGCGCACAGUCUGGUGGACGCAGCUGCAGUGCAUCGCAUUGACAGCUUGGCUGCUCUUUCUAUGGACCGAGCAGGACUUAUGCAGGAUGGACUGAGAGUUCCAGCUGGCAUGGUCUAUUCCAGUUUAUGUGGCCUGGGCACAGAGAAGAUUCGGGAACAGUCAAGUGCUAUACCUGGACUUGGCUAUGCUCCUGACAGGAACUCUGAUAUGCAGUUCAAACCAAAUGCUGCUGAAACUAUGGAUAACUCCCAGAUGUCUGGCAAGCAGACCAAUGGAUUUAAUUCCUUGUUCAAAGCUCCACCAGGACUACAAAAGACAUCUGUCCCUACAAGUGAAGCACUAGUUUUGGACAGGACAACCAGUGACAAGCAAAAUCCACUAAGUGUUAACGGUGCUAAUUAUUUAAGAAUACCAUGGGUGCAUCACUACAUGGAUAGCACUUCCCCAGCCAUGUAUCCUUUCAUCGAUUCACCAAAUAAGUAUUCUUUGAACAUGUAUAAGGCAUUUCUACCUCAGCAAUCUGCAUACAGUUUACCCCAACACUUGGCCUAUUCGCCCAUGUGUCCAAAUGGUGAACGUUUUGUAUACCUCCCACAAACCCACUAUGUUUCCCCUCACAUUCCAUCAACUCUCCCACCACCCAUGAGGAUUCCUGCACCCUCUGCAGCCACCGCAAUUCCUACUUCGGUUCACUGUCUAGAAAAAACGAUGCCGUGGAAAAUGGCAGUAAAUCCUGUUACCGCUGUUGAUUCUCAUACAUAUAACCACCAUCACAACAGUAAACAGCCUAGAGGGCCGUGUACAAAAUCCAUUCCCAGCAGUAUGUCUCCAGAAGCCAGUCUGCUGAUGGCACAGUCUCAGAGGCCAUCUCCAAGGCUACACCACCCUGUCCAUCAAGUUGAGAAUGGCUAUCCAGAUUAUCAAGGAUCCUUCGUCAAGAUUUCCACACCGCCCACAUCUGUUUCUUACUCUAAACCUCACACAAACAUGAGCAGUGACUUCACAUCGCUGAGGCUUUCCAACACAAAGGUUCAUAAGAAUCAUGAAAUGGAAACUAAUCAAACUCAAGGUCCCUCAAAAAAGAGUAAUCGAGAGAGAAAAGAAAGCAAGUCCCCUGGCUUGGUAGAAAAACAAACUCCUCACAAAGAGGAAAGGGAAAAGCCCCUAGACUUAUCAUCCAAACUUGGUGACGGAGAACUGCCUAAGGUGGAUGGUUUAGACAAUAUGUCCGCAAUGUUGCUCCAGGCUCGGUCUGUUGGCAAUCUUGGACUUUCAAACCGAGAUAUUCAGAAAGAUUCUAUUUCACCGUCUGGCAAUGGCAGUGCCAUGUUCAGACCUGAAAUUAUAAGCACUGUAUCUUCAUCCUGGGUAAUUCCAGCUAUGAGCAAUAAUGACGAGAAUAGUAGUAUCAUGAUGCCACUUAAAAAUAAAGCCUUGGAAAAGGUAAUUCCACAACAGAGGAGCUCCUCAUGUCCUCGCAUGGGAAGCUCAAGCUCAGAUGCAGUAGUCACUAGCACUUCAGGAAGUUUCUCUAAUGUUGGGCGUCCAGCAUCUGCUUCUCCAGCUCCAAAUGCAAAUGGUGAAAUCCAGAAAUCCCCGGACAGUAAUAAAUCGGCUAUGCAGCAAUCAGCCCCACCCGUGAGUACUCCUACUAAGAGUAGCAAGGUAGCUAUAUCCUCACUUCCAGAAUCCACUAUAAAAAUGAGUGAAAGCAGUCUGCCUCCUGCACCUGUGUAUUUACCUCAGUCUGACACAUUUUGCACAACUCCUUUGGCAUACUCAAGCAGUUUCAUCCCAUACCAGGUUCCCGAAAGCCUAGCGUUACCGCAUUUACACAUGCACAGCAAAACUCCUGUCUAUCCACACCCGGUCUUAUUGCCCAAUAGCAGUCUUUUUCCUGGACCUAUGGCUCCCAAACCUGGGAUCCCUUAUAGUAUACCGCCAAACAGGGAUUACAUGACCUAUCAAGACACCAUGGCCAUGGUCCAUCCAAUAUUGUUGCCUCCUUCAAGUUUAGAAAUGAGUAAAGAUGAGAAAGGGGAGAGAAGGCCUAGAUCAAAUGAAAGAGCUAGGUAUGAAGAUUCUAUUGGCCGAAGCAGACUGUUGGACAUUUCUAAUUCAACACCAAAGAUGAAUUUUGACGUUACUGCAGAGAAAGCAUUGAAGACCCACCAGAACUCUGCAUCGACAAACAAACAUUCUUCAAAAGCUGACAAACUGUGCUCUAAUGUGGACAGGGAUUCAAAAUGUGACACUAUUAUGGUAAUUAAAGGUUUUGUUCCUGACAAACACAUGAUGAAUGAACUUGCUGUACAGAAACCAGAGCAGGUAUCACAACACAGGGAGGAGGCUACACGAAAUAACGACUUCCAUGAACCCUUUCAAGGGUCCAGACUCUCUCAGAAUUCACCUGUUUUCCCCUUCCGUCAGGAGAAUAUUUCAGGAACCCAAAACACAGAUUGCUCUGCAUCUGAGCCGUGCCCUCGUUUUUUGGCUCCCAGUCAGAACAAUGAUGUUCCAGCUGGCUUUUUUAACAUACCAAAGGAAAAGUCACCAUCUUUUCAUAUGACAAAUGGUCAUGCAGAUUCCGAUAUGGGUGAGCAUCUUGCCAGAGAUAAUCCUGAGGAAUUUGAGACUAUUAAUGGCAAACUUGUUAAAACAAAGUCAUCCAACAUAACCAAGAGGAUAGCGAAUUCUGCUGGCUACGUUGGUGAUCGCUUAAAAUGUGUGACCACAGAAUUGUAUGCGGACUCUAGUCAGCUGAGCCGGGAGCAGAGGGCUUUACAGAUGGAAGGCUUACAAGAGGACAGUAUAUUAAGUCCACCUGCUGCUUACUGUGAGCGUGCCAUGAUGCGCUUCUCCGAGCUGGAAAUGAAAGAACGAGACGACCAUCCUGCUUCUGAACACACGGAUAAUACGAACUAUAAUCACAUGGAGUGGGUUAAAAUGAAGACCACUACAGAAAACAAGCCCGUAGCCAUGUCUUUGGGAUGUCCAAUCAUCAGCCAGCCAGAAGUUGAUUUGAGGAAUAAGGAAGUAGCGUUGGCAUCGACCUUGAAGUGCCCAGAAAAGGAAGAGGUUUCUGAGGACAAUCGACUGGAGAGGACGGCUUCAUAUGAAGCUGCCAAGCAGAAACCAGAGAUUGUGACAGACAGCUGCAGCGAGGGGCAGUUUGUGGGGCUGAAGAGGAAGCUACCCUGCAAGUCCCAAGCAGAGGAAACCCAGCGCAGUUCCACCUGUGAAGAACCAUCUCUGGAAGAGGCAAAGACGAAAAGAAGAAAGAUUGAUGAUUGGUCUGACAAAGAUGUGACUGAGAUUUCCAUAAAGGGACUUCAGGAGCCUCAGUGUAAUGAAGUCACCAACCUGAAGGUGUGCAUCGAAUUAACAGGACUCCAUCCCAAAAAACAACGCCACCUGCAGCACUUAAGGGAGCUGGGUCAGCAAUGCAGAAAGGAGACUCCAGAGACCACAGAGACUGAAAUAAAGCUAAAAAGCUUAGAGGAACAGCAGCCAAUCAGGGCAAAAUCUGAAGGCAAAUACCCAAGCUUCGCAGAGGGCGUUAAAAAUAGCUGUCCUGAAGAAGACAUCUCUACAACUCUGCACGCAAAAGGUUUUUCAUCCAGCUGCCCAGGCAGCAAACGACAUAGCCUGCCAAGCUCCACCACAGCCCCCAGGUUAGCUGCCAAGCAGCAGAAGAUCAGAGAGGGCCGCAAGGCGUACGUGCAAUGCGCACAUGAAGAGGGGGGUCUUCAAGUCACUGCACUGCCGGAGGAUUACAACGACCACGAGAAACCCUCUGGAAAGCGGCAGUGCAAAACAAAGCACAUGACUCCACAGGAGAGGAGGAAGAAACGAUUGUCGCCCACCGGGGAUGACUGCAUGGAUGUGGGAAGCAUAGACGAGAAGGCCAGCAUGAGGAGCCUCAGAAAAUCCAUUGAGCUGACGCCUGAUGACUGCCCAAUCAAAACACCGCUGCAGACGUCUCUCUUCGCACAGGCCUCCCUACUAGCCAGCUCACUGCAGGAGACCACGCCAAGCCGUCCUAUGCCACCGGAAGCACGCCGUCUCAUUGUCAACAAAAACGCCGGAGAGACUCUUUUACAGAGAGCGGCUCGCCUUGGAUACGAGGAAGUAGUCCUCUACUGCCUGGAAAGCAAGUCAUGUGAUAUAAACCACCGGGAUAAUGCGGGAUAUUGUGCACUUCAUGAAGCCUGUGCAAGAGGCUGGCUGAGCAUUGUCCGUCACCUCUUAGAACAUGGAGCAGAUGUAAACUGCAGCGCACAAGAUGGAACCAGACCAAUCCAUGAUGCUGUGGAGAAUGACCAUUUAGAAAUUGUCCGUUUGUUGUUGUCCUAUGGAGCCGAUCCCACGCUGGCCACAUACUCUGGUCGAACGAUUGCAAAAAUGACGCACAGUGAGGCGAUGGAAACCUUUCUUACCGAGUAUUUAACUGACCUGCAGGGGCGAAGCUGGGACGAUCCUGGAUUGUGCUGGGAGUUCCAUGGAAGCUCUGUCUGUGAUUCUAAGGAGGAAAGUGGAUUUGACAUCCUGGCAAACCCACCUGGCCCAGGAGAUGAUGAUGAUGAUGGCUAUGUGGAUGUAUUUGAGUUUGAAUUCUCAGACAAACCUUUCUUGCCAUGCUACAAUAUUCAGGUCUCGCUGUCCCAGGGGCCUAGGAACUGGUUUCUUCUUUCUGAUGUGACGAAACGACUGAAAAUGUCCUCACAGCAGUUCAGUUGCGAACACCCUCACCUUGAAAUUGUCAGUGUUGCCGAAGCAGAAUUCUACAAGCAAGUAUCAUUAAGCCAGCUCUUUUCAUCUCCUGAUAACCUGGCAGGAUUCAGUCCCGACAGUAAAGAAGUCUUAGAACUGGUGGAGUGUACUAGUGAACUGCAAACAUUACUUGGUUCUUCCCUUGAAUGGCUGGAACCUGAAGACCGUUCUUGCACCAGCUGUUAGAACCAGAAUUCCUUAAAGUGUAAUACAUUAUUUUGAUCCUUAAUUUGUAAAUAAUUUAAAGAACACUAUAUAAAUAAAGUUCCAGUGUAAAUACAAAUUCUUUAUCCUUGUAAUUAAAAAAUAGUUUUUUGUUUUGUUUUUUUUUUGUUUUUGUUGUUCCGCAAACAGAAUUUUAUAUGGACUUUAUAAUUUUUGAAAUUUUCAGUGCACAUUUUCUUUGGUGAAAUUUUGUUUUUACCUUAACACGCUUUUUUUUUUUUUUUAUAUAUAUAAAUAUAUAAAUAUACUUUGACUUUUUACAAAGCACUGAAUGCACGAGAGAUACUUUAUAAUUUUUAUUGUAUUCAGUCGUGUGGAACAAUGAAAGGCACUUCAAGACUUUUUUUUAUGUUUACAAAAUUACCUGUUUAAGGUAAAAUAAAUAUUGGAUAUAAUCCAGAAUUUUGUAAUAUAAAUGGAAUACAUAUAUAUAUAUAUAUGCAUUCGUAAUAUAAAUGGAAUAUAUAUAUUCCAUAGAAUGUGUUUGAGAUUUUGUAUUAUAAUUUAAGAGUUUUGAGAAAAAAAUAAUUUAGUUUUCACACAAAAAUUGUGUGUGUAUAGUACAUGUGUGCGGGCGUAUAUAUCAUUAUAUAUACACACACUCACACCUCCUAUACAUUUAUAAAUAUAUACAUAAGUUCAAACAUUAUAUGCUCUAAUUUAAAAAUAAAGACUUUGAACUAUUUUUUUCCUUGUAACAUAUUAAGAUUGUAAAAAUAAAGUGUUGAACUGUAUAUAGAAAAAAAUAAUUUCCUGAGAUGUGUGUGCAAUGUUUUGAGAUCUGUGUUUAAACUUUGUAAGUAAACCACCUGCCUUUGUAUUUAUAUUUUACAGGACUUUUUUUCUUAAAAAGGCAAUAAAACCGUUCGAUAAAUGGAA